AUGGAUACUGAAGACUGCCAUAUCAAGCGGCGUGUGAACUCUUCCCGCAAGCGGCCGCGAGACCAGACAGGGACCACGCCUGGGAAAGCAAAGAUAGCUAGACCAAGGAGGUUUUUAACUGCCUUGUCUAGACAAAUAAGUACGGCCAAUCAGGCUCAAGCCUCAGUGGCCAAUCAGGAAUUGGUACAAGGCUCAGACUCAGAGUCAGACAUUGCUCUGAAACAGAAAACUUCCACGGCAAAUUAUUGUGAGAGAAACUGCAAUUCAAAUAGAACAUCGCCAUCAUUUUCAUCUACUAGUAAUGAGGAAACACCCAGGAAUAAAAGACUUGUGACAAAUACUACUCAGCGUUCAAGAAGACCUUUGUUUAAAGGGAACCAGAUGCACCAAGAUGGGACUAAAUCUGGGAAGAAUACUUCGAAUCAAAGAGAGGUGAAAAGACCACAGGACAUGUCCAUGAAGAAGAGGCCUCUUCCUUGUGCAAGUUCUACACCUGGACCUUCCAUUCAGGAGUGCCCUGGGACGCCUGAAAUGUUGUUCCAGGAUGAGGACUGUACCAGUGUAGACCCUCAGGACAGCUUCAACUCUAGUGACACUCUCUUCGCACAGAUGAACCUCAGCAAUCUACAGGAAUCAGAAUCAGCCAAUCAGAUGAGAGAAUCCACUUCUACAGGAGAUGAUGUCAUCCAUGCAACUGUAGCAGUGAAAUCAUCUAAUGAAAAACAUGGCAGAAGUGGGAAGACAACAGUACAGGAAGAGCAGACAUCGUCUGAUGGACCCAGAAGGACUAAUGAAAGAAGGUGGUGCAAAAUCUGCUAA